UACGCGUGAUGGAACAUACAAUCCUUUCUAUCUCUGAUUUCAUGUGUUAAAUUGUUUUUAUUCUAUUUUAUACGAAUAUUCUUUCUUGGUUAUUCUUAUUGUAUCACAGAUUUUGCAAAAAAAAAAGGUUUAAAAUUAACUAUGAAUAACGAAGCACAUUUAGUGAUUGGAAGUACCGAAUCGGAACUUGAUUCAGGUUAUAAAAAGGUUCUUGAUCUUCGUAAGUCAAUUAAUAAUGAAGAUAACUUAUUAACGAAAUACAAUGUGCGAAGUUUACAAGUUUUUAAAAGUAAUUGGAAAUUAAACAAAAAGGAAAAUGAUACAUUAGCAAAAAUAAAUUCAACCAAUAAAACGAUGGCUAAUGAUUCGACAAUGGCAGACAGUUACAAAGAGGGCAUAGGAUAUGCCAAAAAUUCGAAAAAACAAUUAUUAAAUAAAAACACAUUAGAAAUUAAAGAACAGAAAAGGAAGUUCGAGAAGAAGUUCUUCAAUUUUUAUCAUUACUACGAUUCGAAAAAUCUUUUGAUAACCAUAGAUGAACGUCGUAAUCUAAUUAAAAAAGAAAAAAACGAAUUAAAGACUAUAGAAAAGAAAGAGAAAUCUUGUAAGGAAAAAGGAAAAAAUGUUUAUGGCCAAAACGCUUUUAAUUAUCUUUUCGAUUUCUUAUGUACCGAAGAUAGUAGCAUUUUAUCAGAAAAUUUUCUCAUUAAACGAGAAAAUCGAGACUUAACAAUGAAAUGUUUUCAAAAUAAAAAUACUAUUAAAGAAUUUUCAGUUCAGAAAUCCAAAUAUAAUCUCUAGUGUGGAUAUUAGAGACACCUUCACUUAAUUAUAUUUUUUUCUAUAUAAAUCAUUUUCAUAUUUAAAGUUUCCUUGUUAAAAAGAUGAUUUCAAUAAGAUAUAUUUCUUCAAAGUUAUGUGAACAAAAAAAAUAAAUAUUUUCCUUAAUUUAAACUA